AUGGCAACCGUACUGAAAAAGCGAGGGAAACUAAAGCAGGAGACUGCUGAGUGGGACAGUUUAUUCCAGCAGGAGCUGAGAACCCAGGAAGACUCGCUGGUGUUUGUUAAGCGAAUGCUGGUCCUGGCGGUCUCGUCUAUAACAUACCUGCGUGGGAUCUUUCCAGAAGACGCGUAUCGAUCCCGCUACUUAGAAGAUUUAUGUAUCAAAGUUCUUAAAGAGGACUGCGCGUCUCCAGGAGCCUGCAAAAUUGUCAAGUGGUUGAUUGGGUGCUUUGAUGCUUUGGAGAAGAAAUACCUGCAAAUAGUGCUGAUUGGGGUGCACCGAGACCCAGAUGACACAAAUCAUGUCAUAGAGUCUUACCAGUUCAAGUUCAGAUACACACACCACGGGCCACAGAUGGACAUCGUCAGAAAUGAGAACAUUGAGAUGAGGCUGACCAUGGAGGACACAAAGAAGGCCUCGGUUCUCCUGAUCAGGAAGCUUUUUCUCCUCAUGCAGAAUCUGGACGCUCUGCCUGAUGGUGUCUACCUCACCAUGAAGCUCUACUAUUACGAUGAUGUAACCCCAUCGGACUAUGAGCCACCUGGCUUUAAGGAGGGAGUGUGCGACAGCCUGUGGUUCGAGGGUACAGCGGUGCACUUCAGAGUUGGAGACCUGCAAACUCCCUUCCACGUGCUGAAGGUCGGAGUGGCAGCCGAGCAGGGCCGCGUGAGUAAACUGCAGGAGGGCAACCACCUGAGAGAGAGCGUCCAGGACUCCGUGCAGGAGGUGCCUGGACAGGGCAGGGAGGAGGAUCUGCCAUCUGAGGACGAAUCGGCUGCGCAGUUCAAGCAACCCGCAAAAGCCCCGGUGAAGACGGGAGGCAACAAACUGUCAAAGAGAAGGAAGAAAAAAAUCUAA